AUGAGUGAUCUCUUGCAACUGUCCGCUCUGGGUCGCCCUUUCCAGUUGGGAAUGCUGUACGAUUGCCGAUCAGACAGUCUGUUCCCAGGCAUCACCCUGUGGGACUUGCAGACACUGCAGAACAACCUUGAUCGUCGUGACCAGCCCAGCACUGAGUUUCACAUCAUUGCGUCAGACUCCAUGGAGAAGAAAGCCACUGCCCUCAAUGUGUCAGCAUCACUGAAAGCAAGUUUCCUGGGUGGGUUAGUGGAGGUGAAAGGGUCGGCAAAAUAUCUCAGUGACAUAAAGAAAUCUAAGCAACAAGCACGAGUUACCCUUCACUACAAAGCAACAACCAGGUUUGAACAACUGACGAUGAGUCACUUAGGGAGACAGAAUAUUACCUACCCGAGUGUGUUUGAUGAGGGCUCAGCCACCCAUGUCAUUACGGCAGUGUUGUAUGGGGCCCAGGCCUUCUUUGUGUUUGAUCAAGUGGCUUCUUCAGCAGAGAACAUACAGAAUAUUCAGGGCAACAUGGAGGUGAUGAUUAAAUGUCUUCUUAAGAUUGCGAUCGAGGGAGAGGCCUCCAUAGAAAUGACAGAAGAACAGAGCUCUCAGUCCGAGAAGUAUAGCUGCACCUUUUACGGGGACUUCUCACUGAAGAACAAUCCCACCACCUACCGAGAUGCCAUCAAUAUCUACGCAACACUCCCACGCCUGCUGGGCCCAGGUGGAGAACAUUCAGUGCCUGUCACAGUCUGGCUCUAUCCUCUCAAUAAACUGGACACCAAAGCUGCUCAGUUGGUGAGGGAGAUCAGCGUGGGACUGGUCAAUCGCUGCCAGCGUGUCCUGGAACAGCUCAGUGAGGCUGUAAUGAGGUGCAAUGACCUGAUGAAAGACAGUGUCGCAGUUCAGUUUCCCGAGAUCGGGGACAGGAUACUUCAAUUCCGAGAGAUGUGUCUGCAGUACAAACUGUUUUUCCAAGGGACCUUAGCCAGAGUUUUGCCGUCCAUUCGGGGCGGUGGGAAGGAGGAAGGGUUGCUGACGGACAUACUGAAGAACAGGGAGCAGUCACUGUUUACACACCAAGCACUGACCGCAUGGCUGGAUGACAAGGAUUGGGAGAUGAUGGUUGUGGGACUUUGUCUCAGGAUAAUGAAAGACAUACCUGUUGUGAAAUCAAGGAGAGAGUUGCAUGAAGUGUUGAUGGGUCCAGUAACAGACUACGUGGUCUGCUUCACAUUCACAACACUGCAUCAGGAGGAUUUCUACCUGACGGAGGCAAUCAACUACCUCCAAUCUCUCACAGCAGAGAAAAUGCAGAUGCCACCUCCUGCUGAUGGAGCCUGUACAACACAACACAACGAGCCCUGGUUUCACUCAUUGGCUAUAACUCAGAAGAUGAAGAAACGGUCCAAAUUGUUCCUGGAUUUUGCCACAGCCAACAGUGGGAACGGGAGAGUAAAAUUCCUUGUUGGAUCCGCACAGGAUGACAGUAACGUGGGUGCGUCUAUUUACCUUUACGGGGGAGGGGGUGUGAGGAGCCGAUGCUUUGAAACCCCGUCUCAGCCUGAGAGACCAACAGCGAGUGGGACAACACACGACAGUGUGACGCUGCAGUUAGAGCCACCCACAUGUGGUUCUGAUGAGAUUGUGGGCUACAAGGUAGAGUAUCGAGGUAGCCAGCAGGAGAAAUGGAUAAUACUAGAUACACCUGACAUAUCCCACUCCUUCAGGAUAUCUGGGUUGGAGCCACACCAGGAAUAUCACAUCCGAUACAGAGCAGUGACCAAGGUAGGGGUCAGCAAGGCCAGUGAGAUCUACAAGGUCUCCACCCAUCCGACAAGUCCACCUGGUAAACCGGUCUUCCAGGAUCAGUCACCCAACCCAUCACUGUCCUGGGACGGACCAAGUCAGAUUGGAGCUGAUGUUGAAAUUAAUCAGUACAGGAUUGAAUAUAGAGAAGAACCAUCAGUUAAGUCCAACACGGAAGGUGGAUUAUGGGAGCACGUUCAGACAACAGACACACAAUGCUACUAUAAUUUAGAGGGACUGAAAUCCGAGACAGUCUACAGAGUCCGAGUGUCAGCUGAUUGUGGAGAAGCAGGUUCCAGUGCCGCAACAAACAAGAUGAAGACAAUUAUGAUUAUGGGACCAACUGGGUCAGGAAAGACAACCCUCAUCAAUGGGAUGAUCAACUACAUCUUGGGUGUGGAAUGGGAGGACAACUUCAGAUACCAGUUAAUACAGGAAGAGACAGGAAAUUCCCAGGAUGAGAGUCUGGCCCACACAUUCACAACCUACUAUCUCCAUCAUCAGACCAGCGCGUUCCCGGCCCAGACCAGCGCGUUCCCGGCCCAGACCAGCGCGUUCCCGGCCCAGACCAGCGCGUUCCCGGCCCAGACCAGCGCGUUCCCGGCCCAGACCAGCGCGUUCCCGGCCCAGACCAGCGCGUUCCCGGCCCAGACCAGCGCGUUCCCGGCCCAGACCAGCGCGUUCCCGGCCCAGACCAGCGCGUUCCCGGCCCAGACCAGCGCGUUCCCGGCCCAGACCAGCGCGUUCCCGGCCCAGACCAACUGUCAACGCUGGGACCAGGAGAUGGCUUUCGUCAGCAUUUUGCAGAAGUACAUGAUGGACAUCCUCUCCAAUUUGGGGGUUGUGCAGGGGAUCAGGAACGAGAUCCAACUGCUCUACACUGAUGGAUAG